GACGCGGGAGCGGUUGCGGCGGCCGCGCUGUCCGGUGCUGCCGGAGGCACCGCGCCCCUCUGCCUGAGCGCCGCGGGUUGACCCCCGAGCGGCUGGCGUCGGGGUCACGGCGGUUCCGCCGCUUCGGGAUGGCCUGUCCCGCCGCCCGGGCAGCGGGACGGGACGGGGCGAGCCCCGGCAUCAGGGAGGAAGGCAGCUCAGAUGAAGACCUUCUUGACUCAUUUGUGACAGAAGACAGUCAGCAGUGUGCUGAUCUUACAGAUUCUGAUUGUGCUCAUCUUCUUCCAAGGGCAAAACAGAUUAUGUUAUUAUCUGACUCCGAGGCAGAGGCACCCCAUCCUCAAGAGUCUCAGAAUCUGUGUGACUCAGCACCUGCCGGUGACCAGUUUUUCCUGGUGCACUGGCCACACCAAUGUGAAGUCAUCAGGGACAGAAUUGAGCACAUUGACUGGAUACCCACUAGCCCUGAGCCACUGUACACUCCAACAGGUUUGGAGGUGACACCACCCUACCAAAAUCCUGACAAAGGCACCGUGGUUUAUCUGGAAGAAGUGAGAGGUAUCUGUCCCUUGAAGCAGAUCGUCCACCAGAAAGAGGACAACACACUGAUCUUUGAAGCACGGUUUGAGAGUGGGAAUUUGCAGAAGGUGGUCAAAGUCAAUGAAUUUGAGUACCAGCUGACCCUGCGCGCUGACCUCUACACAAGCAGAUACAUGCAGUGGUACUACUUCCAAGUAAGCAAUACGCAGGCAGGGAUGCCAUAUCGCUUCACUAUUGUCAACUUUACCAAGCGUAACAGCUUAUAUAAACGUGGCUUGCGGCCACUGUUGUACUCAGAAGCCGACGCUAAGAAACACAGCGUUGGCUGGCGAAGGACUGGAAAUGAAAUCAAGUAUUACAAAAACAAUGCGGGUCAAGGUGAACGUCAGUAUUUCUCACUCACUUGGACAUUCCAGUUCCCUCAUGACCGAGACACUUGCUACUUUGCCCACUGCUAUCCUUACACCUACUCCAACCUGCAGGAGUACCUGGUGGCCAUCUCUAAAGAUCCAGUGAAGUCCAAAUUCUGCCAGAUUCACAUCUUGUGCCGUUCAUUGGCAGGAAACAUAGUAUAUGUUUUAACUGUCACCAACCCCCCCAAAAGCAGCGAGGGCGCCGAGAGGAAGGCUGUGAUACUAACUGCGAGGGUGCACCCAGGAGAAACUAAUAGUUCCUGGAUAAUGAAGGGCUUUCUGGAUUACAUUCUUGGUGAUUCAAGCAAAGCUCAACUGCUGAGGGACAAUUUUGUCUUCAAAGUGGUACCCAUGUUGAACCCAGAUGGUGUGAUUGUGGGAAAUCACCGCUGUUCUUUAGCAGGUCAGGACUUGAACCGCAAAUACAGAUCUAACAUGAAGAAAUAUUAUCCUUCCAUCUGGUAUACCCGAAACAUGAUCAAAAGAGUGAUGGAGGAACGUGAGGUUUUUCUGUAUUGUGACAUCCAUGGCCACAACAUGAAAAAAAAUGUCUUCAUGUAUGGCUGUGAGAGAAAGCAGCAAGUAAAAACACCAUACUGGAAUCCACGUGUCUUCCCACUCUUCCUGAGCAAGAGCUGCCCAGAUAAGUUCUCAUUCCCAGACUGCCGUUUCAGAGUACGAAAGAACAAAGAAGGCACAGGUCGAGUGGUAAUGUGGAAGAUGGGCAUCAACAACAGCUACACUUUGGAAGCCUCUCUUUGUGGCUCUAAGUUGGGCUACAGACGAAGAACCCAUUUUGAUGUGAAAGACUUGGAGUCAAUAGGACAGCAUUUCUGUGAUGCUCUCUUGGACUACUGUGUUCAUAGCAAGGAGGAAUAUGAGAAAUUACUGAAAGAGCAAGCCAGGAUGAACUCCAAGGUCCCGAAUUCUGAUGUGUUAGACUGCCAUUCCAGCAGUCAAAGUUCUGACAGCCCAGACUCCGGUGAUCUUGCUGCACACCAGCUAAAACUGGGUACUAAGAAAAAAACGAAAACAUCAAGACACUUUCACAGCAGUGCUAAGGCCAGAAGUCAUGAAAGCAAACAUACCGCAGGCAUUGAAACUCAACAUAAGAUAUUCCAGGUACCUGACUCAAAGAAAAAAGGCUCGCUGGAGGAAAACGGAACCCAAGGCAAAUUCCAGAGAGAUUAAAAAAUAUUUGCUCCUAUUGGCAGUAGGGUACAUGCAUUUAUAAUAAUGUGCUCAGUCCAGAGAAACUGGAGGAUAAAACAUUGAUUGAAGUUGAAGAAGGCAGACCAAAUCCUAUGGAAUUAACCAGAACAUUUUGGUUGCAUUAGAGACAAAAUGAAAGAAGCGAAUGUGGAGGCUAAAGAAACAGAACUGGAGAACUUGUGUCAUUGCAAGCACUAAAAAUCUUGGAAAGAUUUAGGUGUCAAAGUGAACAAGUAGCUCAACGUGAGUUGUUAUGCUGUGCCGUAAGAACAAGUACAGUUCUUGCCUUCAUGAAAAGAGGAGGGAAAAGCUAUCUUGACUUCUUUGUAGAACUUCUCUGAGACUAAUACUGAAUUAUUUAACUACUUCUGGUGUCAUCAUUUUAAAGACUUUUUUUAAAAGAAUAGUGCAAAAGAGAACCUCUGAAAUUAUUUAAGAACCAGACAAUCUCUUGUCAUGACACUUAGGAGAGUUCAGCCACUUCAUGAUGGAUAGAGACUUUAUGGGAUGAAAAUUGUCUCCUAAAAUAUAAAUAUAAGCACAUUCUUCAGUACAGCAGCUGAAAGUAGCAGAGACCGCCUCAGUCAAUAACAAAGAAAGCAUGAGAAGCUAUGAGAAGCAGUUGAUAAGAGAUAAAUUUGCAUUAGAAAUAAGAGAUGAACAUUUUAUCAGGGAUUCAGAACACCUACAAUUGCAAACUCCACCUGUGAUGGGUUUUCUGUCUCGCUUUGUUCAAACAUACAGUCUACAACAGCAUUCACAGAAAAUGGAAUGAAAUUGUUAGCCUAUUUUUCGUGGUAGGUGAAACAAAUUAUGAGAUAACCUGUGGUUCUUUCAGGCCUUAAAGAUCUGUUUUUUUAUAAACUUUAAAUUUUUGACAUUAAAACAGAAUAGGCUUCUUACAGGAACACAGAGUUUAUUGAAUUCAGGAAUUUAAAGAUAGGGUUUGGUAGAGUUUUUGGUAGGCUUUUUAGUUGAAAACAUUGACUUGGACAGAGUACUGAAAAACAAUGGAAUUUGUUAUGCUUAGUGUCAAACUUUGUGGCUUUGCAGAUACCCACAAAGCCGUGAAACAGCCUGCCAUCAAGCAUGCAAAGUCGACAACUUAAUGUGUGAGGAAAAUAGCAAAGUAAAAACGUCCUGAAUACAAAGCUGCCUGCCCUUACCUCGCAGUGCCUUAAGUGAGCAUUCAUUGAUUUUAGCCAUUGAUAUUAUUCUUAUUUAUUCCAAUAAACACUUGUGAGCAGUGUUAAUUACAGCAUUGUGUCAGUUUUUAAAAAUUCUUACAGCUCAUAUUUUGCAAAGCUGAUAAUACAUUUCUCUUCAAUUCUGACCUCUCCUACACAGUUAAACAAGCCCCAUUAAAUAUUCCGGGAAUUACAAAAAAGAAAGAAAAAAAAACUUCUUCUUAUUGAAAUAAGAGCUUUAAAAUCUUUUCCAGAUGUCAUGUCAGCAAAUUAUACAGAACAGUACUUCAGCUGUUAUUUUCAUUAGCAGAGAUCUAGCAUUCCUCAGAUAGGAACAGAUGAGAAAUAUUAAAAUAGUCAUACCUAUUAUCUGUGUUUUUAUGUAAAUCUGUGGUGUUUAUGGAUUCAUAGGGAGCUAUCACAGAUCAGUUAAACAGAGGAACAUGAGAACAACUUACUUAUUCUCUGCCUACAUUGAGGAUACUGGAAUUAAUUCUCGGGAAGAUCCUUAUUCAUGUGAUUUUCACACUUUGGAUGCUGAAAAUCUAACAAUGUCAUGCUGUAGUGGUAUGUUUUAGUAAUGACUUUGUGCUUGGUUCUGAAUUCCUAUCUUAUUUUUCUCAGAUGUACUCAGAGAUAUUCUGCCUUACAGCUAUUUUGGUUUUGCCUUGGAGAACAUAACUGAAGGAGAAAAAAGAGGGGGGUAUGGUAGCUGGAAAACUAGCGGAUGAAUAUUUGGUUUGCGAAAGGGUUUGUGGAGAGGAUGUGCCUGUGAUAGGUGAGGACCGGAUUCAUUGACUGAGGGGAUGCUGUGUUAUUAAUGUAUUUUUAAACCUCCAUAAAUAUAGCUGGAAGAUUUCCCUGCUUUGUUUUAUUUUCCCGUCCUUACUUUAUUUUGGCCAGGUGGGCUAAUUAUUAUUGAUGAAAUUCAGUAUCAACCAUAUAAAGCAUCUCUUCGUUUAGAAUAAAAGGAGCUUCAAAACACUGUAACUGUUCUUUGUGUCCAAGGGGUGUGCCUCCCUGUACACUGUCAAACCCACUUCAUCUCACCCCUUGAUCGUGGACCUUACCCGGUAGUUUCCUGCCUCCCCAGACCCUGCAGGUGAGGUAUUUGCAGUGUAGGACUAAAGCCAGCUGGAGCUAACCUGGUCCAGGGCCGGCUGGUAGGAUGCAUCUGCCAGGUCAGGUCAUGCUGAGGGACCAAGGCUGGGACUGCGGCAGUGAUUUGGCCACUUAAAGAGAUGCGGUCUUCACCUGCCAUCAGUGCCAGGGCCGUGCCUGCCACACCAGCAACGCGCUGGAGAUCCACGUCUUGAGAGAGAGAAGAUACAUGAGACACCUGCAGUGUGGAGGCAGAGAUGAAGUUAAAAGUGCCUUCCCUUCUGCCAGCCUCUGAGCUUGGGCACAGAUAAUUACAGAUGUAAUUGGUUUCUGUGGGACAGAUGUUCUAGUUAAGUACAGUUUAAUAUACUUUAAGUACAGUAAAGUAUGUUUAAAUGUUAUGACUGAUGAGGGCUUGCCUGUGAAAGAGGAGAUAAAUAAAGAAUGCAUUUUUAAAUGUU